GAGAGGAGAGGAAACGAGUGGCAGCAGGCAGUUUGCUGGCGCUGGGCUUCCUCGGGGGGAAAUUUUAUAUUGUUUGUAUCCGUUUUUGUAAAAAUUUAAUACCAUGUUUCCUAGGAACUUUUAAUACUUUGAUACGCUGGUUUUGACAUUUUCUAACAACGGAAACUGGCAAGGAUUGGCUGUAGCUUGCCAGCUUGGAAACACUGGAUAUUUUUUUCCUCUUCUUUUCGACAACGGCUGCUGAUGAGCCAGCGGAGACACUGAACAAAAUAAUAAUAAUAACACGACGUUUUUUUUUUUAAAUGAAAUAUCACUCAGUGUAGUUGUAACCGAUGCACUGUCUUCCCUGUAUUUAAAAGCGACCUGCCGUUGCUGCUGCCAGCGAAGCUAACGGUCCGUUAACCUGAGUAUAGCCAAGCUAACGUUAACGGCAGCCAGCCUUAGGAGAGGAUGACGGCUGUUCAGCUAAUGAAUAUCCAAAGGUUAUUGGAAGCUGCGGAAUAUCUAGAAAGGAGAGAAAGAGAGUGUGAACACGGAUAUGCUUCGACAUUUCCGUCAAAUCAGAACACAAACUACCAGAGGCAAAGAAAAUUCCGGAAUAAGAAGUUCAGCAGUAACCACAAUAGGUCCACACACAAUGAGCUGGAGAAGAAUAGACGAGCUCACCUGCGGCUGUGUCUUGAGAGGUUGAAGGCCCUCAUACCCCUUGGACCCGACUGCAACCGCCACACCACCCUGGGCCUGCUCAACAAAGCCAAAGCACACAUAAAGAAACUUGAAGAGGCAGACAGGAAGAGCCAAUACCAGCUGGAGUCCCUGGAGCGGGAGCAGAGACACCUCCAGCGCCAGCUGGAGCUGCUGAGGGGCGGCAGCAGUGCUGCAGCCCAGAGCAGCCCAGGGGAGGGGGAGAGGAUACGCAUGGAUAGUGUGGGCUCCACCCUCUGCUCCGACCGCUCUGACUCUGACCAAGAGGAGAUCGAGGUGGACGUGGAAAGCACGGAGUUCUCCCAUGGAGAGCUGGACAGUGUGAGCACAGCCAGCACCAGCGACCUGGACGACCACAGCAGCUUGCAGAGCAUGGCCAGCGACGAGGGCUACUCCUCCUGCAGUGUCAAACUUGCCUUCUCCUCCUAGAGCCCCGCACCACUUGCCCGCCAAACCCGCCUGCCCUCCCGUUCGUUUGUCCAUCCAGCCAUGCCUACGUACACACACCCAGUCACCUCAGACGACGGUCACACCCCCCAGCGUCUCCGUCGUUCCUGCCUCUCAGCAGCUCCAGCUUCUUUAGUUGCCCCCCACCUCCAUCCUGCGCUGCUGUUUGAGGAGCUCCACUGAGAGCUUUUCCUCACUCCUGAACUUUGAGCCGCCCCGACCAACACCGAUACCAGGGACCCAAACACAGACGUGAAACUGCCAACUGAUUUUAAUUUUCUUUCAAUGGGAGAUCAGAGACUUGAUUGAUUUAAAAUUGUUCAACAACUUCAAUUUUAAACCCAUGCAAUUGAAAUGAACGAAGUGUCUGAAUUUUUUUUAAAGAAACACAACCCCUGAUUUGAUCCAAAAUGCACUUAAAUUCGUAGGAUAUUGAAAAAAUUCAGAGUUUCUGUUUGGUUCUCUCUCCUGUGGUGUGU